AUGACAGAGCGAACAAAGUGUACACCUGUUUUGAAGUACACCAUCAAUAAUAAUAUAAUAUUUGUUGUAUCGUAUUGUAGAAGUGCCAAAUAUAUAUAUAGAUAUAUAAAAGAAGAAGAAGAGAGAGAUAGAGAGAUGAGAUUACAAUCAAGAGGAAUAUUCAUCUCUGUGAUGAUUGCAAUGUCGAUGAUGUUGUUGAUUGUUGUCAAUGCUAGUACUACUAGCAGCGACGAAUCAAUUUGGAACCCAGUCACAGCAUUCUUACAAUCAGCAGUCAAUAAUGGUACCUUCCCAGGAUGUGUUGCACUCGUUGGUAACAAAGAUGGUGUAUUAUAUUCACAAGCUGUAGGUUCAUUCACCUAUGGCAUCCCAACUCCUCUUAAUAAGCCUGUCAACCCUCCAAUGCAAUUAGAUACAUUAUUUGAUAUGGCUAGUUGUUCAAAGGUGACUGCUACAACCACUGCAAUCGCACAAUUUUAUCAACGUGGUGAAAUCGAUCUUCAUUCUACCAUCGAGUCUAUCUUGGGCGACCAAUUUGGUGUCAAUGGAAAGAGUGACAUUACAGUACUCAAUUGUUUAUUACACAACUCUGGUUUCUUCCCAGACCCUAACCCAUUCUUUAAUACACCAGAAUUCAAUUGUCCAGCAACCCAAUUCUAUAAUCCACCAAUGGAUUUCUCAUGUCAAGCUCAAAUCUUUAAUAAUAUUAUGAAUCAAUCUUUGAUGAAUCCAAUUGGUUCAACUUAUGUUUACAGUGAUCUAAAUUUCAUGACAUUAAUGUAUGUAGUUGGACACUAUGCAAAGAAUUAUGGAUAUAUUACAGUUGAAGAUUUAGCACCAGAAUGUUAUAAUAAGGGUGGUCCAGGUUCGGAACAAUGUUUCUAUGAGGCCUAUGUAAGAAGAUUUGUGUUUGGUAAUUUGGGAUUAAAGUUUACAAAUUAUCUUCAACCAGCCUAUCUAUGGGACAGCUGUGCACCAACUGAAAAUGAUACCUCUUACAUGCACACAACCAUUCAAGGUGUUGUUUCAGAUGGUAAUGCCUAUGCUAUGGGAGGUGUCGGUGGUCACGCCGGUGUCUUUUCCAAUGCACCAGAAAUGUUUACAUUCAUGUCUUCGUUGAUGUACGCUACCGAAGAUAGCGACUAUAUCAAUAGUACUACUGUCAAGUAUUUCACAACUGAAUAUAAUCAUACUCAAAGUAGCAGAGCUAUUGGUUGGAAUACAAAUGAUCCAACUGUUUUUGAUGAAGGAUGGGGACAAGCAUGUGGUAGUUUAUCAUCAACAACUUGGAUGCAUUUAGGAUACACUGGAACCAUGUUGUGUGGUGAUCCAGAGAGACAAUUGAUCGUCAUUUUGUUGACCAACCGUGUAUAUCCAAAUCCAAGCAAUGAACUCAUUCUAAAUGUCAGAAAACCAUUUGCAACUCUUGUUCAGCAAAUAUAUGAUGCCAAUUUUUAA